AGUAUUUCCUGAAACAGAAGAAAAUGACAAAGGCCCAGGUGACUUUUGGUUUGUUUUAUUCUUAACUCGAUUCCCUGAUGGAUUUGUGGAAGUCUGAAGAAAUCAGUUCUUUUACAUUAAAAGUAUAAAUUGGAAAAAAUGAGCUCUGGGGAGAAACAGACUUAGAUUAUACCUUUAAUCCAGGACAAAGUGGGAUCACGAAUAUUUUGUUCACAUAGUUCACAUGUGACCGGUGUUGGAAUAUAAUGUGUGACUCUGCCAGAACCUGUUGGCUACAUUAAGUAUCAACUUGUGUCCAAAAUCUUUGGCCACCAUCACACCCAGAGAAUCAUGGAAUCACUGACCCUGAAGGAUGUGGCUGUGGACUUCACCCGGGAGGAGUGGCAGCUCCUGGGCCCUGCUCAGAAGCAUCUGUACCGGGAUGUGAUGUUGGAGAACUACAGCAACCUUGUGUCAGUGGGGUAUCAAGCCAGCAAACCUGAUGCCCUCAUCGAGUUAGAACAAGGAGAACCACUGUGGACAUUAGAAGAUGAAAUCCACAGUCCAACCCAUCCAGAAAUUGAGAAAGCUGAUGAUCAUCUGCAGCAGCACUUGCAAAACCAAAAAAUACUGAAGAGGAUGGGACAACGCUAUGAACAUGGAAGAACUUUGAAAUCAUAUUUAGCUUUAACCAACCAGAGCAGAAGAUACAACAGAAAGGAGCCUGCUGAGUUUAAUGGAGAUGGAGCUUUUCUCCAUGAUAAUCAUGAACAAAUGCCUAUGGAAAUUGAAUUCCCUGAAAGUAGAAAACCCAUCAGCACCAAGUCACGAUUCCUUAAACAUCAGCAAACACACAACAUAGAGAAAGCCCAUGAAUGCACUGACUGUGGGAAAGCUUUCCGCAAGAAGUCUCAGCUCACUGAGCAUAAGAGAAUUCAUACAGGAAAGAAACCCCACGGGUGUAGCUUGUGUGGGAAAACCUUCUACAAGAAGUACAGGCUCACUGAACAUGAGAGAGCUCACAAAGGAGAGAAACCACACGGGUGCAGUGAAUGUGGGAAAGCCUUCCCCAGGAAAUCUCAGCUUACUGAACAUCAAAGGAUUCACACGGGAAAUAAGCCCCAUCAAUGCAGCGAAUGUGGGAAAGCUUUCUCCAGAAAAUCACUGCUCAUUGUACAUCAGCGAACUCAUACAGGAGAGAAACCUCAUACAUGCAGUGAAUGUGGAAAAGGCUUCAUUCAGAAGGGCAAUCUCAUUAUACAUCAACGAACUCACACUGGAGAGAAACCUUAUGGAUGUGUUGACUGUGGUAAGGCCUUCAGCCAGAAGUCUUGCCUUGUAGCACAUCAGAGAUAUCAUACGGGAAAGACUCCCUUUGUAUGUCCUGAAUGUGGGCAACCCUGUUCACAGAAGUCAGGACUCAUUAGACAUCAGAAAAUUCACUCAGGAGAGAAACCUUAUAAAUGCAGUGACUGUGGGAAAGCCUUCAUUACAAAGACAAUGCUCAUUGUACAUCACAGAACUCACACGGGAGAGAGACCCUAUGGCUGUGAUGAGUGUGGGAAAGCUUACUUCUAUAUGUCUUGCCUUGUUAAACAUAAGAGAAUGCACUCAAGGGAGAAACGGGGGGAUUCAGUGAAGGUGCACAAUCCUUCCACAGCAAGUCACAGCUUAAGUCCUAGUGAACACAUGCAGGGGAAAAGACCUGUUAAUAUGGCAACUGUGCAGAUACCUUCUGUGACCCCGCACAUGCCAUUUAACAUCAGCGGGCUCCAAGCAGAUAGGAACAUAGUCCUUGUGGGACAGCCACUUGCCAGAUGUGUACCCUCAGGAGAUAAUAGAAGCUUUGCACAAGACAGAAGGCUUACAAAUGCAGUGAAUGUGGUUGUGCCUUCAGUCAUCAAUUACAUCUUCUUUUAUGUUACAAACACAUAAUUUAAAACUACAUUAAAUGCGGAAAAGCCUUGAGCAAAAGUAUCUAGUUGAUUAUCUGGUCAAGUCCUUCUUCAUAAGAUUUCAAGCUUAUGUUUCAAUAUAAAGCUUGAAAUCAUGUGAAUGCAGAUACUAGGAAAGCCUCUUUUGGAAGGGGGACCCUAUUAUUGGUGAUCACCAUGGCAACAGUGAGCUCAUAGUGAGUAGAAAUACAGUGGUGGUGGGAGAGCCUUUGUCCUUUAGAGGUGUCAGUACACGCUGGAGAAAAACUCCUGGAAGGUAGUGAAUGUGGCAGCAUUUUCAGUGGUACAUUCUGCCACAUCCUUUAGCAGGUGAAAUCAUACAGAAAUAAAACACUGUGAACCCACUACUGUAAAGUGCCUUUAACAAAAUAUUAAAGUAGUCUUGAAACAAAGAAGCCCUGUGGAAAUGAGGACUGUUUGAGAGCUUUCUGUUCCAUUCCUGACCUCAUCAUAUGUCAGAUAAUAUACCUGAUGUCUAUUUUUAGACAGAAUAUCUUGAACUAUUACUAUUUACUGUGUUAAUUAUUCCAUAAGUUAAAGGAGAUGGUGUCUGCACCACAUCACUGGUUAAGGUUAUAACAUUGAGGGAGGAAAAAAGGAAAAAUUAAUUGGGCAGACAGCUAAAGCUGGUCUCUGGCAAAAUUCUUUUAAAGAGAAAGACAGCCUGAAAAAUCAAGCACAGGCACAAACAGAGCAGAGUGGGGAAAACUCCAGCAGCAGCUGCACUGAUAAGAAAGUAAGGCCCAGCAUAGAAGCCUUUUAUUCUUUGUGUGAUUAGCGGGCUCCCAGGAAAAAGUUUCCUCCCCUUUUCAGGCAUGUACAUGGUGGGCUCCAUGGGA